UAGUUGCUGCCCGGCUCCAGUGUAUGUCUCCCUCGCUCCCUCACACACAUUGCGGUGUGAGACUCCUUUGUAGAGUUGUCUCCAUUCAUUCCCUUCAACUCGCUGAUACCAGUUACAGAGAGAGAGGCGGCCAGGUUUGAGUCCCUAUUUCCAGCCCAUCAGAUUGCCAGGUGCAAGGCGGAUGCCAGGGUGUUUGGGAGCUAUGCUCCCUCUCCGGCCUUUGGAAACCUCGGCUGCCACCUUUAUCUCAGUCCAUCAUGUUGAAUCACCGCAAGGAUGACUUGUCCAAGACCUGGCAAACUUCGUUUCUUCCUGGUUGCCCUUUGUGCCUGGAUGGUGAGUGGGAGACGCCCCAGGACCAAGAGGAACUUGCUGAUCGCCACAGCCUGUUUGGUUUAUGCCUCCUUUGUUGUGAUGCAGGGCGAUGUCUUAUCCCAGGACCGGCUUUAUGAAUAUGGGGUCGAGAGAGCCGGUGAGCCUGUCAGGCUGCUCUCCAGCGGACUCCCAGCAGGGGAACCUCAACAAGAUAAGUCCACCUUCAACCCCAAUGUAGUGUACAUCACCAUCAGAUCAAAAAGGAGAAAACCGGCCAACAUCAGGGGAACUGUGAGGCCAAAAAUCAGGAAGAAACGGUCGGCGAAACAUGUGCAGGAGAACGAUCCCAGUUUAGUGGACAGUCAGGAUAAUGAGCCAGGUCCUGUGCUGAUGCAGGGUUGGCAGGGCGACCAAAGACCGAGGGCCACUGACAGCACAGGGAUAUUAGCCCUCUCCAGGGAGCAGAAAGGUAACUGGACAAGUUCUCAAAGUGCAGCUAAGUUUAGCGCUGGUGGCAGUAACAUCAGGAUUUACAGCGAAAGUUCGCCGCUCUGGUUCACAAAGGAGGACAUCGCUGCUAUGCGUUUCCUGGCCGAUUCCAGCAUCGUCCGCAUCCAGAAGGUGCCCCAGCCUGGGCACCGGCCUCUGCUUUUAUUCGAAGGUAUUGGCAGCGACCAUCACUCCCGAAACCCGAGUCAAGGGAAAGCCGUCCCCAGGGACUUGACCAAAGUGCCGGGCUGCCGACAGCCAUGCGGGGUCAUGAAGAGAUCGGUGGAUAUCAGCGAAGUUUUUGCUUUCCACCUGGACCGGAUCCUGGGUCUGAACAGAAGUCUGCCCGCUGUGGUCAGAAAGAUUCAUUUUGUGAAAGAUGGCCUACCUCGUCCUGUUAUUAUCUGGGAUCCUUCCUUAUUAAUGGCGGAUAAUAACACUCAGUCUACAAUCAAAUUGAAUUGGAUAUCUUACCAGCAAUCGCUAAAAUGGAAGUGUUGGGCCCGUGGCAAAGUUCCUAAACCAGACUGGAGUUGUACUGAUAUUCAUCACUAUGAAUGGUGCAAACUAGCUCUCUUUGAUUUUCUAUUGCAGGUUUAUAAUCGUCUUGACAGAAAUUGCUGUGGAUUCAAGCCCAGAAAGGAGGAUACUUGUGUUCAAAAUGGCUUGAAAAUGAAAUGUGAUGAUCAGGACAACAUCGACUUGGUUCAUAUCAUAUCCAGGGAGCAUGAUCGUCGGCAUUUAGUCUUUGUAGACAAUAAAGGCUACUUUGACAGAAAUGAAGAUAACCUAAAUUUUAAAGUACUAGAAGGAAUAACUGAAUUUCCAGAAUCGGCUGUAUCCGUCCUAAAGAAUGGACAUCUCCGAGAAAGGCUUCUUCAGUCUUUGUUCCUUGACAAACUUUAUUGGGAGAGUCAGGGAGGUCGCAGAGGAAUUGAGAAGCUGAUUGAUGUGAUUGAAAGAAGGGCAAGGAUUUUUCUUACCUACAUUAAUGCACAUGGAUUCAAGGUGCUCCCAAUGAAUGAGUGAUUGUUUGCACUAUUGAUUAAUGCCCUGUAAAGAAUCAAUUAUUGACAACAUAGGUGUAUUCCUCAAGAUUGUGCUUUAUCGCUGACAGGAAUUUUCUCUGCUAAUUUCUUCACAUAUAAACUUUAUUCACAGAUGUACUUAAAGUCAUCAAAAGGCAGUAUGAGUGUUUGCACUUCAGAAAUUACUUCCCAGAAAAAGUACUUAGAGGAAGAUAAUUCUAGGUAGAGCACUUCUAUACAAAGUAUUUUCCCAUUACAUACUGAAAAGAUACAUUUAUCAAAAGUUUACUUAAUGUUGAAAAAGUUAGGUUGCUUACCUGCUGAAAGACAUGGGUUGACCCUUUGUGUUAAUUGGAGUUCCUCCAUGACAACACUUUAAUCAGUUAGUGUACUACGAUUGUACUACUCCUGAUUGCUUGCAGGUUGCUCCGAGAUUACACCUCUUUUAAAGAAUGCACAAAGUACUCUUCAUCAGUUAUCCAUGGGAAUGGCAUGGUACAAAAGGAUACCUGAUCUCAUGUGGCUAUCAAAAGGUUAAGGAUAUUUUUAAAAAUAAAAAAUGAAAAACUACAGCUGUUGCAUAUCUGAAAUAAAGCCAGAAAAUUCUAAAGCACAAUCAGUAUCUGUGGAGAGAACAGAUAAGUUAAUGAUUCAUGCAUUAGGGCCUUAAAAGUUAUCUGCUCUCCCUACAACUGAGCUUCUGUAAAGCGCUACAUAAAUAGAACUCUUUCUUCAAUGGCUGACUGACCUGCAGCAUGUUUCCAGCAUUUUCUAACAAAUUGCCUGUUUCUUAAAAAAAUAUCAAUUAGCCUACCCUUCUCUAUCAAAGAAAUUGGGAAUACUUUCAAAUAUACUCCUCCUAGAGUUACCAUCCGUCCAAUACAUCAAAACAACCUUCUUUGUAACAUGUUUGAGCUAUUUAAUCUUUUAUUGUUUAAGUUAAACUAAGGUAGCAAUAAAUUAUAGGACAGUGUCACCAUUUCUGGGAUUUCCCAAAUUACACAUAUUUCACCAUUAAAUGCAGGGAGACAACAGCACUAUUAAAAACACCAAGAAAACAUUAUCCGUUCAUUUAAUUUUAGUAAAUAAUUGCAAGCAAUAGAUGAGAUGUAUUAACAAUCCAUAGAAGUUGCAUUUUGAAAGGCAUGUUAUAAGGCCUAAUUCUGGCUUCAGCUCAUACAACAUAACAAAAUACAGCUUUAUUUAAGGUGGAAUUUUCUCUAACCAUGUGGCUGAAUUUUACUGGGAUGGAGGUGGGGCUGUAGUGGAGUAGGGGGCGUAUAGCUUGCCCUUGCACCCACCCACCCCCUGGAAAGAAAGUCGGUGCCGUACUGACCAGCAUACAAUAAUACCAUGCUGCCAGUGGCCUUAAGCAGGUGAGGGUUGGACGUCUGCUCCUCAGUGGGAGGAUAUCAGCCCUCAAGAUUGAUUGGCUGGCAGCUCUAGCAGUCCCAGCAGUGCUAAAAUUCAGUAGUGGGUGGUGCUGGGACUGCAAAUAGGCCCACGGAGAAGAUCAAUAGAUUCCGGGCUAAGGUAAGCCCUGGGCUUUUAGGGUGGGAAGGGAUCGGAGAGCCAAGGGAGGAGAGCGAGGGGUGUCGAGAGGGUUAAGUUGUGGGGGGCUGAUUUGGAGGCAAGGAGUGGAGGAACAAAGUGGGAGGUAACAUCUUGCGGGUGCCCCUGAUGCGCACAGGUCUUCCCCCAAAAGAUGCGACUUCUUCUUCCCAUCUUUUCCACAAAGUUAUUUAAAAAAGGGCUUCUGAAUCUUGUCCACCUGCCCACACCAACCACUUUAUGACGUGGAAAGUGUAUUAUUUGGGUCAUUUGACUUCUAACAAGCUCAAUUGUCCAUUAAUUAUUUAUUCAUAAAAUGGCGGGCGAACUGCCAAAUUCAGCACCUGCUCGCUUACUGUAUUAUGGAGCUUGGGUUGGAGGUGGGCGGGAAGGAGGUUGGAUAGCCAAUCGACAAAUUUUACGUGCCCCCACUGCCCCCGCUAUUGAAAACAUACCUGGCUGGGGUGGGGUAAGGGUUGGGGGGUCGUAAAAUCCAGCCCAUGCUAAUAAACUCCAAUUAUAACAGCAAACCGUAUGACUCUUCCAGAGUAAAUGUGUGCAUUGCUGAGGUUGAAAAAUUGAGAAAUGAUAAUCAUUACGGAACCAAAGUAGUCGAAGAUAUUAGGAUAUAGUGAUGAAUAGUUAAGUUCCUGCCAAGAUUAAAAAUUUAUGUCAAUAGACUACUAUAUCCAAGCAGCAAAGACAUCAGCUAUUAGGAAAGGAUGGCUUUAGGAAGGCCUUUUGGAUUAGGCUUUAGAAGAGGUCCACUUCAGGAUUUUGAAGAUCAUGCCACAUUUUUCUAUCAUUGCAAAUAGCCCACAAACUUGAAUCUCCAGACAUUUUGUCUAAGAUUAGUACCUCAUAAUGCUGACUCAUAAAUGACUUCCCUGUCACUGGGCAAGGUUUUGCCAAUUCUUGAAUGACUCAGUAUGGUAGCAGGCCAAUUCUAUCUCAGAAAGGUCGCAAACUGAUCAGGCCCACUUCAUCAUGCAGAAUAACAUUUUCUGUCAACUAACAAUGCAGUGCAUUAAUGUUAACCUUGGAGGACCCUGUUACUCUUUAACGAAAACCUUUCGGCAAAGUGAGCAAGUGGAGAUCCUAAAAUGGGCAAACUAGCUGAGGGAGGGGAAUUGACCAACAAUAUGACAAACCAAUACUUUUAUUUCUAAUUAAUACAUGUGUAUGAUGAAUGUAUAAAUUGUACCUAAGAAUUUACAUUGACAUGUUUCAUUCUCAGGACUUGGAAAUAAAAUAUUAAAAAUGUAUUCAUGUUUAUUCACAUUUAAACUAUAUGCUACCAUGAAUAAUUAAAACUUUUACAUACA